UUUUUCCGCAAUAAGACUAAUAUGAAUGUAUAAAAUAAAUUAAACUCGUUACUUGCAAUAAUUGAUAUAUUAAAAUUGUAAUAUUAUCUCUACUAUCAAUAGAGAAAUUAAAUUAUCGAUAGUACUAUCGAUAUCUCUCUAUCAUUCGCAACGUCAGAGAAUAAUUCGAGCGUUUCAAACAGUUAUAAUUUCAUAACCGUUAUAUUUUGUGUGUUAAUAUAUUUUAAUUUAAAGAUUCUUAAUGUUUUAUAAAUAAGAGAUUAUUAAUAUUGUCAUGAUUUUACAUUACAUUUUAUUAUUAAAAAAAUUGUAAAUCAAUUAAUAAAAAUAAUUGUGAAUAAAAAUGCAGAAAGAUCAUUCAGAGAAAUCAAAAUUAAAAAUACGUAAUACUACACCAGAACCAAUAAGAAGAAAUAUAGUAGAAAAUACCAUAACAAAUGUUCGUGCAGCUAGCUCUCAUCAUAGAUCAACAAUGAUGCCAUGUGAUUUUGCUAUACCACAGAAUUUUGCAAAAAAAAAACUUGCUUUGGAUCGUAUGUCAAUAUUUUCUACACAAUCAUUACUCGAUGUAACUAAAAUGACAGUUCCAGAAUGUGAUGAUACAGAAAUGAAACUUCUUUAUGAUCAAUAUUUACAAAACAUGAUGUUAGAAGUAAUUUUAAAAAAAAAAGCUAAAGAAAAGGCAGAAUUAUUUUUAUGUCAGUUAGCUACAAUAACUAAGGAAUAUGAACAUAAUGAAGACAAAUUAUUUAAAUUGAAAACUAGAGAAAGAGAUAUAAUAAAUUUGAUAAAAAUACAAAAUGAUAUUGAUUCACAAAUUAUAGAUGUGAAUAAUUGUACUAAAGAAGAAGAUCUUCAAACAUUAAAAGAUAUUAUGUCUAAGUUAUAUAAUCUUUUGCAACCUUUAGAUUUACUUCGCUGUAAUGAUAUUAUUCUUCCUGAAACACCUGAAGAAUGGAAAGAAACAAGUAAAACUUUAAAGUUAUGUUCAGAAAGUUUAAAAUCUAUUAUAGAUUUGAUUGGAACAAAAAAUGAAACAUAUCAAGAUAUUAAUAUGCAUAUUAAAGAGUUUGUAAAUAUUGUUAAUAACAUUGAAAAUCAUCAAGAAAGAAUGGAGAAGAUGCUUUGUAGUUUACAAGCUCUUGUAUUAAAAACUGCAUCUUUAUGCCUAAUGCAAUGUCAUGAUUAAUUGAUAUUAAUAUAAUAUUAUAUAAUUCAAUAAUCAUUCGUGAUAUAAUAUUAAAUCAUAUGUAACAAUAUACAGAGUGUUAAUACAUUUAUGAAAUAUAUUUAAGAUUAUUACAUUAUUAAUAUGAAAUA